AUGCGAGUCACCGUAGUAUUUUCUGCUGGGUUGUGCUGUGCUGUGCUUGGCUUCUCCCUGACCACCGGGGCCGCAUCUGUCUGGUGCGGAUGGUACCGUGCUGAACCCGCGCUGUCGCAGGCCGUGAAAGAUCUGGAGGCGACGGUCAAAGCGUGCACUCGUGAGUCCAAAGGGUGGUUCGAGCUUCUUUGGUAUUUCGCGUUGGCGUCGGUUACAGUCGUCAUCCCGAGGUUACAGUCGUCACAGUCGCCACGGAUGCCUUUCGGUCAGUUCUUUCGGUUGCUACUAUCUUGCCCUAGCAGCAGCUUCAAUCGCGUGUGGUUCGUCUUUCCCCCACGCUACUCGCGACAAAAUGCGGAGGCCCUGCAGGCCGUACAAGGUUUCCAGGACCAGCUCAAUAAGGCCACAGUGGAGAUCACCAAGCUCCGGAACGAGAAGGAGGACCUUACAGCGGAGCUGGAGCAAGCCAACAGCACAUCGUGUGUGCCAUGUGUGCCCUGCCGCGGGCCGGCGGGUCCCACGGAAAGCCCGCGCACCAGCGAAAACCUGAGCAGCAUGCUGCUGGAAGCUGACCGCAAGAAAGCGGCGAUUCAGGUGUGCUAUUGGGCUGGGGUGCGGUGCUUGGAAAGGGCCUUCCCAUUUAGCACAAGCAGGACAUCACGGAAUCCACAGGCUGAUGGGACGAGUUAUGUACCAGAGAGGACCCACGGGCGCAUCUCAGGAUUAUUCAAUGGCAUGGAAGUAUUUCAAGCGAUCUUUCUGAAAUUGAAUAAGUACGCAUAUUGUGAUCAACGAUAUUGCUCAGCAGACAACUUCUCCAGGACAAAGAAGCCAAAAGAAUUGCGCAACAUGCUCCAGUUUUCCCGGCUACAAGGUAGCACCACAUGA